GCAGAUUAUCUUGUCAAGACAAAACUCGAGAAUGUGGUGCGAGCAGUGGCGCAACAGCCGCGCGGCGAAACCAUUACUAAAGGAGGUGGAGGACAUCACAAGAUACGCCAUCUUAUCACAUACGUGGGAAGCGGACGAGCCCAAUUAUUAAGACUUCCACAACCCGUCCAGCCGUGGUAAGCAAGGCUACAAGAAACUCGCGAAGUUUUGCAAUAUCGCGCAUGAAGAUUACAAGGUCGAGUUCGCUUGGGCGGACACGAUCUGUAUCGACAAGUCCAGUAGCGCAGAACUGGACGAACCGAUCCGUUCGAUGUUCGCAUGGUAUCGUAAUGCGGCCAUUUGCAUCGCUUAUGUCGGCCAAACAAACUCUCUGCUUGACCUUGCCGCAGAUCGCUGGUUCACACGGGGAUGGACCUUGCAGGAGCUCCUUGCGCCGUUGCGAUUCAAGUUCUAUAACAAGGACUGGUUCCCGCUUACCGACUUCCCGAACGAUAAGAUCCAUGAAGAGGAUGCCAGAAAAUUCGGUGGUGGAACCUACUCCCUCCAGUUCCGCCUUCUUGGCGAUGCCAUCUUGGCGGCAACUGGUAUAGAACCGCGUCAUUUUCGUGACUUCGAGCCUGGGUUCAGAAACCCAUCUUUACCCGAACGCAUGAGGUGGGUCGCUCGAAGACUCACCACCAGGGCGGAGGACAAGUCGUAUUGCAUGAUGGGAAUAUUCGGCGUCAGCAUGUUGGUUGCAUAUGGAGAGGGCCCGGAACACGCAUUCUUCAGGCUCUUUCAGGCGAUUCUAGACGUGGCAUGCCAUUCCGCGUCAUAUCCAUCCUUCGCGCAUGAUUCCCCCUGGCCCUGAAUGCUAUUUAUUCGGCAAGUCAAAGAUCAGUGCACUAGAAGCUGUGCAGAUGGGAUCCUUCGACGAUCCUCUCAGCUUAACCAAUAUAGAGUCCCGGAAAUCUUCGCGUUUCGAGUCCUCUGUUCGACGACAUUG